UCAGCUGGUAAAAGUUGUUAUUCAGGAAGCAGGGAUUCUCCUAUAAACCAGUGAUCACUGAUCAGUCCGGACUGGAAACUGGGAUCAGAACCGGAUCCAGUGCCUGACAGCACCGCUAACACACUCAGGUUUAAUCUAAAGAUCAUCUUUAAAAGAGCAACAGCAGAAAGGACAGUGACUGGUUAUCUCCAGUGUUCGCCGAAAUGGAGGCGGCGACCCUGAUCCCCUCCGACCCCAAGGUCAAUCCGCUGAUCCACUCCGACCCCAAGGUCAAUCCAGAGGGCUUUGGUUUUUGCAACAGCGGCCCAAAUCUGCUGUUACAAAAAGGUAUGGAGAACAGGAUCCUGGCCCAGGCCUCUUCACUUCUGCCCCACGCUUCUGCUUUAACUCCAUCCUGGGCGACUCCUUCCCCCUCCAUCUCCUCCUGUUCUGCUCUGCAGCCCUCCUGGCUCUCCUCCACCUCCACCACUCAUCCUCUUCUCUCCUCCUCCAUCUCCUCCUCCUCUCAUCUCCUGUCCUCCACUGUGUUCUCCUCCUCCUCUCUGCUCAGCACUAAGAACACCCAGCUGAAGCGGGAUCCCCUGUCCUCCUCUCUCUGCUCUCCUCCCUCCACCCUCCCUCUGCUCCACAGCACAUCUCUCUCUGCUGCUGUAGCUGAUCCUCCUCAGCCAGAGCAGCUGAGUGUGGCUUUAAAAAAGAGGAAAAUCGAGCUGGAAAGUCUGAGCUCCAACGAUUACACCACAUCACAAAUCGAGGAGCUGAACGAGGAUUUAGAGAAUGAGGACCUGGUAGAGAUGGACUCUGGGCACACAGAGUUGCCUGUGCUGGAUCUGAGACUGAGUGAUGAAGAGGAGAAGCAGACAGUGGAUGUUGGGGAGGUGUUCACUGUGUCCAGCACUGACUCAGACCGUACUGUAGAGUUACUAAAGGAAAAGAAGUAUAUUCUGCUGAAUGUGGUGUGCUGCUCCCUGGUGAAUAAAAGCAGUGCUCCGAACCAGAACGACUGGGACAGCAAGAAAAAUGUUUGGACACGGAUAAAAGACCUCGGCACAGAGAUCACCCGCAGAGACCCUGAGUUCAUCCUUAAGGUGGCCGUCUACACCAGGCAGGAGCUCAACAUCCGCAUCACCACCAACUUCCUGCUGGCCCUGGCGGCCUACCUGCCAGAGUCUAAACCCCACCUGAGGAGGUACUUCUGUGCAGCGGUGCAGCUGCCCUCUGAUUGGCUGGAAGUGACCAGACUAUUCAGCACGUGUUUCAGCUCGUCUCUCCCAGCAUGCCUGAAAAAAGCCCUGGUGGACAAAUUCAAGCAGUUCAGCGAGUAUCAGCUGGCCAAGUACAACACCCGCAAACUCCGCGGCAAACACAACAAGAAGAAGCGUGAAGUCAAGGAGUCGACCCCUGAGCAAUGGGAGAAGUGGGCACAGAUGCUGAAAGUAGAGUCUGACGUUAUGAAGAAAAUGGUGGAGAUGUCUGAGCGUCCUGCAGUGGAUAAAAAGCAGAGCGAGUUCAACAUGAAGAAGAUGAUAAAACGCCUUCAUAUUAAAGAGCCUGCAGAGUUUGUGAUGGGCAUUCUGGGAAAGAGGUACCCGUCUGAUCUGAGGGCGUUUGUGAGCAGUGGUUUAAGUGGUGUGUGGGAGAGCGAGCGAGCCGGUCAGCGUAUGAAGCUGAAGCAGCCGGACACCUGGGAGACCAAACUCAGUCUGGAGGGAAACAACGCGGCUGUGUGGGAGAAACUCAUAGACAAUAACUCUCUACCCUUCAUGGCCAUGCUGAGGAACCUGAGGAACAUGAUCACUCAAGGGAUCAGCGACCAGCACCAUGAACGCAUACUGAAACGACUGACCUCAAAGAAUGCUGUGAUCCAGAGCAGGCAGUUUCCUUUCCGCUUCCUGUCUGCGUAUAAAGUGAUUAUGGAGCUUAACAAGUUCGUGAGUGGUCCUGCCCAGCAGGGGAUCAGCAAGUGCAUCAUUUUACGGAAGAUUGUGACGAAACUUCCGAAGUGCAGACGCUACCGGCGGAAUGACUGGAGCACAGCCAGCCGGAAGAAGCUGCUGCAGACUUUGGGGGUUCCGGUUAUCUAUGGCAUGUGCAAGAUGAAGCUCAAGCAGCAGAAGAAGUUCAGUGCAGCUACCAGAGUGAGGAAUUACACUCCGGAGCUGCUGGUGCGUUAUCGUCAGGCUCUGGAGAAAGCUGUUCAGAUCUCCUGCAGGUACAACAUCCCUCCUCUGCCUGGACGCACCAUCAUCAUCUUCAGGAGCGACUGGGCGCCAGCCCCGAACUGGAAAGGAGCUGACGACAUCUGCGUGCCUUCAGACCCUUCAGAAGACUCGGACAACACCAGCCAGUCAGCUUCACUUGAGGAGGCGGCGGUGCUGCUGGCCGUGAUGAUCAGCCACUGCUGUGAGCACCCGAUGUUUCUGAUAUACGACUUCGAUAACAUACAUGAAGUCAAGCUCAAAUCCGACGUUUUCCUGGAGAAUGUGAAACAUGUGAUGAAGGAGCUCUCGGAGAUAAAUGAUUCUUCUGAAAAGAUUCUGCUUGAAAGCUUCUUCUUCAGGCUGACUGAAGAGAAAACAAAGGUGGAUAAUAUAAUCCUGCUGAAUGAUGUGAGUGUGUAUUAUACAGUAGAUCAGGCUGUGGAGAAGUACAGGAAGGAGUCGCUCAGUGAUCCUCUACUGGUCAAUAUCAUGAUGAGAACCAGGAUGAAUAAGUGUCAUUCUGAGGGUGGAGACUCCAGAAGUGUGUAUCUGAGUGGGUUUAGUGAGCAGAUCCUCAGGUUUGUUUCAGAAAGAGGCUCCUCCAGGUUUUUGGAUCAUGUAGAGAGCAUCGACAAGCUGCGCAACAUCCCCCCACCAGCAGGUGGCUCCACCAAGCCUGAGAGAGCAGCCGACAUCACCCCAUUGCCCGUCACUCCUAAACUCAGGUGGCAAGGGGUUCGUGUUUUUAUCUCCUCUACGUUCAGGGACAUGCAUGCUGAGCGGGACGUCCUGGUGCGGAGCGUGUUUCCGGAGCUGCGGCGCCGUGCAGCUCCACACUGCCUCUACCUGCAGGAGGUGGAACUACGCUGGGGCGUAACCGAGGAGGAGUCUUACCAGGCAAUCCAGCUCUGUCUGUCCGAGGUGUGCCGCAGCCAGCUGCUGCUCAGCAUUCUGGGAGAGAGAUACGGGCAGGUGCCACCUCGACCUACACUUCCUGAGCUUCCUCAGUACACCUGGCUGAACUCGGCCCCUGAUGGGAUGUCGAUCACAGAGAUGGAGAUUCGUCAGUUUCAGGCUGUGUAUCCAGACUCCGCCCAGGGCAGAAUGUUCUUCUACUUCAGAUCUCCUCACCUGGCCAGUUCUGUUCCUGUGGAGUGGAGAGAGGACUUCACGUCCGAGUCGAGCCAAUCAGCAGCUAAAAUGAGCGAUCUGAAAGAAUGGAUCCGGAGCAACCAGUUCAGAGUCACAGAGGAUUACCCGUGUGAGUGGGGCGGGGCUGUGGACGGAAGGCCGUAUGUGAAAGGUCUGGAGGAUUUUGCGAAAGCAGCUCUGGAGGAUCUGUGGGAAGCCCUGGAGAAACUCUUUGUGGAGGAAGUAGACGAGGCUGAUCUGAUGUCGGAGAUUAAUGAACAGGAGGUUCAUCAGGACGCUCAGCAGCGGCAUUUCUACGGCCGGAAGAAACUGGUUUCCUCAGCAAUAGAGAAAAUUCAGGAGUGCCAGCAGAAAGGAGGCAUCCUGCUGGUGGAGGGAGCUCAGGGAGAGGGCAAGACCGCCUUUAUGGCUGGUCUGGCUCACGCGCUCCAAACUCCAGAUAAGCGCAGAAAAGUGCCAGUUUGUGAUGUCAUAUCCUAUUCCACAGAGGCUAGCCAAUCAGCUUCUGGCGUAGAGCACCUCCUACGCUGCCUCAUCCAAUGGCUGAGGAGGAGGAAACAACAGGAGGAGGAGUUAGUCACUAGCACACCUUACAGGGAGCUGCUGUGUGAGUUCCUAGUUCAGAUAUCUGAGCUGAAGAGAGGGAAUCCUCUAGUGAUUCUGGUGGACGGUGCGGACGUUGUGCACGACCCCAGAGGACAAGCUGUUUCUGAAUGGAUACCACAACACAUUCCCAAGGGUGUCUGUCUGGUUCUGAGUGUCACCAGAGGCUCCGCCCUCCGCACCACCCUCUCAGGUAAGCAGGGGUGUGUGGUGUUCGGGAUGGGUCAGUUAUCUCUGCCGGACAGGAAGGAGAUUGUGCAGAAGGAGCUGAGUGUGUACGGGAAGAAGCUGAGUGACUCUGCCUUUAAUAACCAGCUUCAGACGCUGCUGAUGAAGAAAGGAGCCGUCAGCCCACUCUACCUCCACUUCACCUGCGAGGAGCUGAGGAACUACGCCUCCUUCGAAACGAUGAAGAGGAACCUGCAGACUCUUCCUCCGUCUCUGUGUGAGCUGGUGCAGCACAGUCUGCUCAGGCUGCAGUCUCAAUACGGGGCGGCGGGGCUGGACUGGACCCUGGCGGCGCUGACCGUCAGCUCUACAGGUCUGAGGGAGAGAGAUCUGUACGCUGUGCUGAACCUCUGCAGUGACCUGAUCUCCACACAGGGUCAGCUCACCUGGAACAGAGCGCUCACAGCGGCCCGGAGCCCGAGGAGCCGUGUGCCCAUGGCGCUGUUCUCUCAGCUGGCACAGGGUUUACAGGGUUUGAUCCGUCCGUCUCUCUCUCAUGAGCCCGACGAGCCCCUGACCCUGACCCACCCGGAUGUGAAGCUGGCGUUUGAGCAGCUGUAUCUCUCCACUGAUCAGGACAGAGCCAGAGCACACCUAUUACUGGCAGCUCACCUGUGGGUGCGGUCGGACCCUCUAGGUAACGACACAUUUCUUCACUGUGAGGCAGAUGCUCUGCUGCAUCUUCCUGCUCAUCUGAUGGAGAGUUCUCAGUGGCAGCCCCUGCUCCUACUGCUCUCUAGUUACUACUUCCUGUUCGCCAACGUGCUCCAUGGACUCCUGCACUCUCUACUGGAGACGUACAUCCUGUUUGCAAAGAGAACUGAAGCUGAGCAGCAGAGCUGGACUGAAACAUCAGGUGAUCUAAAGGAGCUUCAGGCCUGUCACUCAUUUCUGAAGCGCCACGCCCCUCUCCUGUCCUGCUGGCCGCGGCUGUUUGUGCAGCAGGCUCUGAACGAAGCGGCCGGCUCGUCUGCUCACGCCUGGGCUCGCACGCUGGUGGAGGAGGGAGGAGUGAACGCAGUCAGGAACCUGAACAACACCGACGGCCCUCAGCUGGAAACUGGAGAGCUGGUGUCCACCUUCCAGGCCGAGCCGUCCUGUGUGGCUCUGAGUCCGGGGGGAGGGUGUGUGGCUGUGGGGACGGAGCAGGGAACCAUACACUUCAUCCACACACACACCAACCAGGAAGUGAAGUCACUGGUCAGUAACUGUGAUGGCAUCUCCAGCUGUGUGUUUCUGGAUGACGGAUUUCUAAGCACCACAUCAUAUGAUGGGCAGGUGGAGGUGUGGGAUAUUAACAGUGGCAGCAGGACUGUCCACCUGAACGCCCACUCCAACAGGAUCACAGGAUGUGAUGUCAGCUCAGAUAAGAAGCACUUUGCCACAGUCUCUUUAGACUCCAAUCUGAAGGUGUGGUCGUCUCAGAAGGGAAAGCAGGUGGUGUCUCUGCUCACCCCCUGCCCUCUAAACUGUGUGACCUUUGACCCUGAGGGAGGUAUGCUGGCGGUGGGCUGCUGGGACAGAACGGUGCGAGUGUGGAACUGGAUCAAACAGGAAAGAUGGACGACUCUCUCAGGUCAUCAGUCGUCGGUGCGCAGUGUCUCGUUCUCUCCCUCCUCCUCUCUGCUGUGCUCUGGUAGUCUGGAUGGUGAGGUGCUUCUGUGGUCAUCCUCUGGCUUGGCCUGUGUGGGGCGCUAUCAGGCUCACCGUGGCUCUACUGAGGCCCUGAGUUUCCUGCCUGGAGGAGAAACACUGCUGAGUGCUGGACACGAUGGCAUGGUUCAGUUGUGGUCUGGAGGUCUGGGGUGCUCUGUUUCUGUGCUGGGAGAGGAAACGAAAGCGGUGAAGUCGAGUGUGUCCAGAGCUGCAGCAGUCUCUGAAAGUGCCGCUCUCUCUGUGGCUGGAGCUCAUGGAUACGCUGCUGUGGGAUAUCAUGGAGAUGGUAUCAGACUGUUUGAGCUGAAAUCAGGUGAGAGGGUGUGGUCCACUGAGGACCUGCGGGUGUCUGUGCCGUGCCUGCUAUGGAUGGAGGCUGCUGGGGUGGAUCUGCUUUUGUCUGGAGCUUUAGACAGUGGUCUCCGGCUGUGGAGCAGGCAGGGGGCUGGUAUGACCCUCAGGGGGGCUUUUGGGGUACAGAAGGGGGGGAUCCUCUCAUUGGCUCAGAGCUCUGUGUACGUGGCGUCUGCUUCAGACGACUUCACCAUCGCUCUGUGGCUGAAGAGUGACCUGACCUCUGACCCCUGGGUUCAGCCCAGUGCGGUUAGUGUACUGAGGGGUCACAGUGGAGGGGUCACGUGUCUGGCCUUCAGUCCAGACGGAGACCAUUUACUGUCUGGAGGCAAAGACAAGGCUUUGAUGGUGUGGAAGGUGGACUCCUCUCCUCCGGUUCUCUCUCGCUCUCUUCCUCACUGCCACGGAGACUGGAUCACAGACUGUGCGUGGACACCAGCAGCUCUGCUGAGCUGCUCGAGUGACUGUAGGCUGAGACUGUGGGACGUGCAGACGGGACGCUGCCUCCGAGAAGUUUCAGCUGCUUCAUCUCUCAGCGCUCUGAGCUGCUGGGAGGAUUAUGUAAUGCUGGGCUGUGCUGAUGGUCUGCUGAUGGUGUGGAAAUCAGAUAUUGGAGUUAUCGCUGAGAUCCAUGCUCACCAGUCCCGUGUCCACCACAGCACCAUUAUCACUGCACCUGUAGGUGGGCAGAAGGUGGAGGAGCUGGUGGUGGCCACAGCGUCUGAUGAUGGAACUGUGAAGGUCUGGCUCCCUCUGCAGGUUCAGCACCGCAGCACUCUGCUGGGUCACAGCGGUGCUGUCCAGGCGCUGGCGAGUGGACGAGGUCCACAGUUCCUCACGGUGUCUGAGGACCGCUCUCUCCGAGCCUGGAGCGUUCGUACAGAGAAUCCUCCCUUUCAGGAAGAGUGUGUGAGUGCAGUGUGUUUUCUGGAUUCAGAGAAGCUGCUGGUGUGUGGUUAUAACUCAGGAAAACUGGAGAUAUGGCACAACACUUUAAAGAUCUACUCCAGUAAGGUGAGCGACAGUCGUAUUCGAGCGGUGAGCGGAAUGCCGGAUCAGAGCCUGGCUGUGGGCUGCAGUGAUUACACUGUGACUGUCUUUAAACUGACCAGAGACCAUCAGCACUGCACUGCCAGUUUGACUAAAGGAUCGUUGUACACUUUGGAGAAGGGUGUGAAUUUCCUGUGUUACUGUAACACUCUGAUGGGAGUGUGUGUGGACAGUUCUGUCAUCGACAUCUUCUCCACUGUGACCGACAAUACAAGAAUGAUCGACACGUGGCAGUACACCAUGCGGACUAUGGGCGUUUUCAAGAGUGAUGUAAACAGCCUGUGGCUGCUGGGAGAGGAAAACGACAACAUCCACCUUUCAUACCUGCUCUGUGCCAGUGCGGAACUGACCUCAAAUUCAACGACUGUGAGUGCGAAAGUGGGAGGGGACAAGGACAGUGAUGAUGAAGAUGAGAAGGACACGGAGAAAGAGCAGACUUUCACCAUUACAGCUGCUACCAUGCACAACAAUUUUAUCGUGUGUGGAGACUCUAAAGGCAAUAUGUGGUUCAACAAUGUGUCGAACACGGACAGCUGGAGCCCAAGAAGACCCGUUCACAGUGACAGGAUCAGUGUUCUGCGGCUGACGGACAGCACUAUAAUCUCCGCCUCUCACGACAGAACCGUCAAACUGUGGGACAGAACCACCAACAAACAGGUGGGUCUGUUUGUGUGUGCUGCUGCGGUGGAGGUGAUGGAGGUGGACCCCGCGGACCCCUGCAGGCUGGUGUGUGGAGAUGCGCUGGGGAAGCUCUACUUCCUGUCCUGGAAAGAAUAAUUAUCAUCUCAUCACUAUAAAACAGACGUUUAACACUCCAAGCUUUAGGCACCUCGGUGCAACACUACAGUUAUGUUUACAUGAUCAUCGUUGCUGUCGUGCCAAAACCUUGUAUCUCCACUUUUGCAUUUUUCGAAAUGUUCAAUUGUAUUGCGUGCAAUACAUACUGAUUUUACAUACUCACAUACUAACUUACAUACUAACAGACAAGUUUACAUAGUCACUUGUCUGUUCACACAAACCCUACCCAAUCUACCCAGACAGUUGAAUGUUUCCUUUAAGCUUUAAUGCACUUAUGAUAACGAUGUGGAAUGUGGUUUGUGAUAUUAAUAUAUAAAUGAUUGCUUUUGUUGUUAUUAUUAUUAAAAAACAUAUAUAUAUUUUAAUUUCAUUGCAAAAAUCAUUUAAACGCUUAAAAAUCUUCUAAAAUGGCAAUAAUAGAAUGUAAGAUGCUAUUAUUAAUAUAAUAAUAAUAGGACACACCUCUCUGUGCCUCUGUAUGAUUUUGAUUGAUUUUUUUCUGAUUUAAAAUGUAUUUCAUUUAUAUUUUCAAUAUUGUAAGUGUGCACUCUUUCGUUUAGAUGUAAACCAGCUGAAUGAAAAGGUUUAAUAAAGAAC